GCACUUUUCGUUCCUGCAUUAUCUGUUACCUGAUUUCCGCUCAUCUGGUAGCUUCCAUGGCUGAUGGGUAGCUCCUCCAUCCCCAGCAAUGCAUCAAAUUCAAGCUCUAUCGUCGUAUUUGACGUCAAAACCAUUACCCUCUCUCAGCAUCUUCUUGUCUUCUUCCUCUGGCCCAACACGGCGUCGACUGCUCAAGAUUCCUCCUCGCAGGAACUCUUAUCUCAAACGACUUACCUCUCGCGUUGUCCAGCUCACACGCCGAAGACAGCUUCAACAGAUUUUUGAGGAAAUCGAAGUUGCCAAGAGACGUUAUGGGAAGCUGAACACGAUCAUUAUGAAUGCGGUGAUGGAGGCUUGUGUACAUUGCGGCGAUAUUGAUUCAGCUCUUCGAGUCUUCGAUGAGAUGUCCAAGCCGGGCAGUUGUGGCGUUGAUGGGGUCACAUACGGUACACUGUUGAAGGGUUUGGGUGAGGCUCGAAGAAUCGACGAAGCAUUUCAAAUGCUUGAAUCAUUGGAGCAAGGUUCUGCAGUGGGAAGGACACAAUUAUCUGCGCCAAUUAUUAUCGGCUUCUUAAAUGCUCUAAUUGAAGCAGGAGAUUUACGCCGGGCUAAUGGUCUUCUGGCGCGUUACGGUUUUUUGCUUCGGGAAGGAGGCAGUGCUCCAGUCUUGAUAUACAACUUACUGAUGAAGGGAUAUAUAAAUGCAGGGUAUCCUCAAACUGCCUUGACUGUGCGGGAUGAGAUAUUACGUCUGGGGUUAACUCUUGAUAGGCUCACCUAUAAUACUUUAAUUUUUGCAUGUGUCAAGGCUGAAAAGUUGGAUGCUGCAAUGCGUUUCUUUGAGGAAAUGAAGGAUAAAUCACAAGAACCAAACAGCGGCUAUCUGUAUCCAGAUAUUAUCACCUACACUACAUUACUCAAGGGUUUUGGGAACGUGAAGGAUCUUCUUUCAGUUCAGAAAAUUGUGUUGGAAAUGAAAUUGCACCAAAAUUUAUUUAUCGAUCGAACUGCAUUCACUGCAAUAGUUGACGCAAUGCUAAAUUGUGGCUCAAUUAAAGGUGCUCUUUGUAUAUUUGGAGAAAUAAUCAAGCGAGCUGGUCUGAAGCGGGACCUUCAACCAAAGCCUCACCUCUAUUUGUCCAUGAUGCGUGCUUUUGCCAUUCAAGGAGAUUACAAUAUGGUUAAAAAUCUGCACAAGCGCUUAUGGCCAGAUUCAGCAGGAACUAUCUCUCCAGAAGUUCAAAAAGAAGCUGAUCAUCUUCUCAUGGAGGCUGCUCUAAAUGACGGUCAGGUUGAUGCGGCUAUGGAGAAUCUUAGAAGUCUUAUACUAAAAUGGAAGGGCAUAUCUUGGACAAGUCGAGGAGGCAUGGUUGCUAUACGCAUAGAGGCCUUGUUGGGAUCCAUGAAAUCCAUUUUCAGCCCUUACCUGCUCCCCGAGGUAUCACCAAGUGAACCAAUUGAGAGUAUGAUGACACCAUUCAAAGAAGCAAAGCCACUACUUGGUACACUGGAAUUGAAGAAAGUGGUUAUGCGCUUCUUUAGGCAGUCAGUUGUGCCGAUUGUGGAUGACUGGGGGAGCUGCAUUGGACUACUGCAUCGUGAAGACUGCACUGAGUUGAAUGCCCCUCUUAUGACAAUGAUGAGAAGCCCAGCUCCUUGUGUCACAGCCACAACAUCCAUCGGUCAUGUGGUUGAUCUAAUCUUGGAAAAGAAAUACAGAAUGGUCGUAGUUAUAAAAUAUAGCAACUUACACGAAAAUACUUACAGCUCAAGGUCAAGGGCUGUCGGAGUUUUUACAGCUGAACAAUUGUUUAAAAAGGCUUCACCUGCAUCAAAGGUGUUAGGCCAAGAACAAGAAACUUUUUGCAGAAUACAGUGUAAGCGUAUCAACCAUGAUAGCAUGUAGAUCAUAUUUUGUUCAAAUCAAGAAGAUAGCCCAUUCACUUGGUUUCAAUUGAAA